AUGUCUUUGAGCGGGAAUAUCUUCACUUCCCUUCGGGGCGUCGUCAUCGUCCUCCCCUGGGCUCUCUCCCUCGUUGUCAUGGACUGCAUCUUAUCUCUUCUCCUCCCUCUCUCCGCCAUCUUCCCAGACUUGGUCUACAACGCCUCCUCGCUCGUAGCCUCCACCAUCUGGAUCUGGAUCCAGUUCAUCUUCGAAAUCUUCAACGGCGGCAUCAUCACUUUCUCCGGCCUGCCCGUACCUGCAAACGAGUCCGCGAUCGUGAUUGCCAACCAUGUUAGCUGGACAGACUUCUACAUGAUACAAGCCCUGGCCAUUCGCGCCGGCAUGCUGAGCAGGUGUAGGUGGUUUGCCAAAAUUGAGUUGCGCUGGGUGCCAUUGCUGGGGUGGGGGAUCUGGGCUAUGGGUAUGCCGAUGGUGAGUAGGCAGUGGACAAAAGAUAAGAAGGAGCUGGACAGAGUCUUUGCGGGCAUUACGGUGCGGAAGUGGCCAACCUGGCUCAUCAGCUUCAGCGAAGCCACCCGCUAUACGCCCCAGAAGGCAGAGCAAGCCAGAGAAUGGUGUAAAGCCAACAACCGUCCCAUCCCGAAGCACUUACUCUAUCCCCGUACCAAAGGCUUCGUGACAACAGUCCAACACCUGAGGAAGGCGAAGCAUGUAAAAGCCGUGUACGACAUGACGAUCGCCUACGAACAGAAUAAUAAAUUCCUGGAGGCGCCCACGAUAUGGGAAAGUCUUAGCUGCGGGGGUUUGAGCUCGAAGAGAGGAUAUAAAUUCCAUGUGCAUCUCAGGAGAUUUGCUGUGGAGGAUUUGCCGGAGACGGAUGAGGAGCUGGCGAAGUGGUUGGAGACGCGGUGGGUUGAGAAGGGGGAGUACUUGGAUGAGAAGAGGGAGGAGUGGGCGAGGGGAGCUAUUAAAACGAAACGGAUCACAGCUUGA